UUAUCUUUAAGCUGUUUUUGUCUUUUAGUUCCUCCAUUUUUUACAAUUUUUGUUGCUUAUCUAUACCUGUUCUCCACUUGGGUUUUGCUCACUCUUUUCAAUAGAAACGGAAAUACCCAACUGCCCAAAAGGUUUCUUGGAGGAAGCAUUGGGGUAGAUAAGAAAGAUGGAGGUGCUGAGGACCAAUGGACACUAGGAGAAAACAGAAACGCCUUUUCAAGAAUCUUGUUUAGGCCACGUAUUCUAAUUGAUGUGAGCAAAAUAGACAUGACCACAACAAUUUUGGGAUUCAAAUUAUCUAUGCCUAUAAUGAUUGCCCCAACAGCUAUGCAGAAAAUGGCUCAUCCUGAAGGCGAGUAUGCAACAGCUAGAGCUGCAUCUGCAGCUGGAACCAUCAUGACAUUGUCAUCAUGGGCAACAUCUAGUGUUGAGGAAGUUGCUUCAACUGGACCUGGAAUCCGCUUCUUCCAGCUUUAUGUGUACAAGGACAGGAAUGUUGUUGCUCAGCUUGUGAGGAGAGCUGAAAAAGCUGGAUUCAAGGCCAUUGCUCUUACAGUUGAUACACCAAGGCUUGGAAGAAGAGAAGCAGACAUCAAAAACCGAUUUACUCUGCCUCCAUUUUUGACAUUGAAGAACUUUGAGGGUUUAGACCUUGGAAAAAUGGAUGAAGCUAAUGACUCUGGUUUAGCUUCUUAUGUUGCUGGUCAAAUUGACCGCACACUGAGCUGGAAGGAUGUGAAGUGGCUCCAGACCAUCACCAGCAUGCCAAUUCUGGUCAAGGGUGUCAUCACUGCUGAAGACACAAGGUUGGCGAUUCAAGCUGGUGCAGCGGGUAUUAUUGUAUCUAAUCAUGGAGCUCGCCAGCUGGACUAUGUACCUGCCACUAUCAUGGCUUUGGAAGAGGUUGUGAAAGCUGCACAAGGCCGUGUCCCCGUGUUUUUGGAUGGUGGGGUCCGCCGUGGGACUGAUGUUUUCAAGGCUUUGGCUCUUGGAGCUUCCGGCAUAUUUAUUGGACGACCGGUGGUGUUUUCCUUAGCUGCUGAAGGAGAACUUGGAGUGAGAAAAGUACUUCAAAUGUUACGCGAAGAAUUUGAGCUAACAAUGGCUUUGAGUGGUUGCACUUCACUCAAACAGAUCACACGUGAUCACAUUGUGACCGAGUGGGAUGCACCUCGAGCUCGCCCCUCACCAAGAUUGUAGAUAUGAUAAUUUAUCAUCUCUAAACAAGGAAUGUGCAAAGUAAAAGGUAUAGCAUGUGUUAUAAUUGCAACAUUGUGCCAAAAUACCUUUUUGGAACUUGUAAUAUUUGGAAUUUAUUUGUUCGGUGUACUUGAAAUUUCUCGUUUUGGAAUAAUAAGUUGCGUGGAUAUACACAUCACCUCAAUGCUUUGUUAUAACAUUAUUGUUGUAUAUUAUUUUCCGAG